AUGAGACAUAAUGUUCCUUUUGUCAAUAAGAAAAAGCGCGAUGACAGUUCAUCCCUUAUUUCUGUCUCUCGUAAUAACAAUUCAGUGGCGGGUUCUGAAUGGAUUAUUCAGACUCCUCACAGAAUAGCAGAGUUUCUUUUGUUUGAGUGGGCCUGGCAGCAUCCUCGAGAAUCAGAGGCCGUGAGGCAAGCAGCUGCAACUUUUAAAUCCUUCUCUGGUGUCACCAAUAAGAUAAAACUUGCAUAUACGAUGCUCACCCUCCCUGCCUGGCAGAGCUUGAACAUCACGGUAAACUACUUCUCAACCAAAUACACAAAUCAUUCUGCUAGUUGCCCAAGCUUGCCGGAGCAGAUGAAAGUUAAAGUUUCACCAAUGGAUGAGCUCCCCUGCUAUACUGAACGAAAUGAAUUUGAAUACAAAGAUGAUUGUGAUAACUUGGAUGAAUAUGACGAAGUCAGUGAUACAUGUGAAACUGUUCCAGAAACAUAUCCAAAUGAAGUGGUUAUUGUUUCAGCAGAUAAUUUGCAUAGCAUCAUUCAUGAGGCUUGUCAUGAACAAUCUGAACACAUUGAAGAAUAUGGGACAAGAAAACCAGGGGAGUCAUCCAAUCUUGGAGUCGGUAAUGUAGAGUCACUAGUUUUCAUUGAUCCCCCU